CGGUGACGAGCGGUGGACCGCUUGACACUGUUGACAGUGUCCCUCUUCAGCUUCAUUACUGGUCCUGUCUCUGUUCAAAUUGCGACAACUGGUGAACCAGCAUGGACCGACAUGUCUCUCGACUACGACGGCAAAAGGCGCUUGUUGCUAGGCUUUCGCAGAACCUGCAUAUUCUCAUUUUCCUCUUGUUGAUCGCAGGCUACUCGUGGCUUCUGAUUCUUCCCUCGCCAAGGCUUGGUCGAGGUACUUACAUCGAUGAGAACGCGUUGCAGCCCGGCCAGGUCAACACCCAUUGGAACUGGGCAGACGUUCAUAGAGCGGACCAGUACCUGUCACAACUGGAAGCGCUGCGCGACCAAAACCGCACAAGUGAGGAGCGCGCCGAAUACCUGAAGCAGGAGUUCAUGAAGCUGGGCCUGCAGGCAGAUACCCAAACAUACUCCUUCACGACUAAUUUUGAGAACCCGCGCGGUGCCAACGCUUACGCCGUGUCACCUUCUCCUCGUGCAUCUGGAACUGAGGUGAUGCUCAUAUCGGCGACUUGGUUAAGUACAAUGGGCGACGGCGACGGCACUUUGAAUCUUCGUGGUGUCGCCACGGUCCUAGCUCUCGCGGGAUUCUUGAAGAAAUACUCCAUGUGGGCGAAGGAUAUUGUGUACGUUGUCAGCGACGGGUACAUGGACGGCAUGCACGCGUGGCUAAGCGCGUACCACAACUCGGUUCAGUCGAAUCUCAUUGCUGAACCUCUUGCUGCGUCUCCCGGAGUCAUCUGGACGGCUCUAAAUAUUGAUUACCCAGGACAUUCAUUCUCACACCUCGGCGUGUUCUUCGAGGGUUUGAAUGGAAGACUUCCCAACCAAGACCUCUUCAACUCAUUCCAGCUCAUUUCUCGGCAUACCGGUGGUGUCCCGGUCGUAUUAUACGACCAGAUAGAUGCCCGCGACCAGCCUGGAUCAGACCAUGGGGCAAACACUGUUCCCGCCUGGCUUCCAGCAUUUCUGCGGGAAAAUGCGGAAGUUCAAGAGUUUGCGUACAGGGCAAAAAACAUUGCUCGGCAUGUGAGCUAUCAAGCCCGAGGACAGGCAAGCGGUGUUCACGGGCUCAUGCAUCAAUUCCGUAUUGACGCGAUCACUGUGUUCGCCGUACCAGCCACGGGCCCUCACGGCUUUCACGCGAUAGGCCGAAUCAUAGAAUCCACCUUGCGAACGACCAAUAACCUGCUAGAGAGACUGCACGCUUCAUUUUUCUUCUAUAUAUUAACGGGUCCAGGGACGUUCCUCAAAAUAGGCAGCUAUCUACCAGCCGUCAUCAUCAUCAGCGUAGCGAUCAUGUUUGCUGGUUUGCGUCGCUGGGUGGACGCUCCUCAGCUCGGCGCGAAAUCAAGACCUGUACCCAAGGCAUUAUUGAUCAUGGCAUGCACACACGCAGCAGGCCUUGCUUUGUUUUACUGUGUAAACACCACGAGCUACAUGGAGCACCCACAGUUGGGCGGUCAAUCGUUGUUUUUGACGUUAGCAUUAUUGGUCACAUCUGUAUCACUUGCCAUGGGCACGGCCCGCGCGCACGACCCAGCGCUGCCUACUGUCCUCAGCUCCUUCAAUCUGUGCUUCGCCUCCACCAUUAUAUCGGUGACAUGCCUCCUUAACUUUUCCCUCGCCGCCGCAUUAGCUAUGUCGCUCGGUCUCCCGCUGGUCUAUACCCGCCCAACAAAAAGUAACACAAUUUUCUCCAAAGUUAUCCAGACGGUACUGCUCGUGAGUCUAGGCUUGGGAUGGUUGAUAUUCGUACCCAAUCAAGUCCGGCGGGCGGUUUGGCAUUGGGAAGUUCUAGGAGCAUGGUUCGCCCCAUUCAUUUGCAUAGUAUACGUUCCGCUGCUACUCCAAGCUGCCACUGCCCUUGUACUCUCUAUAUAA